AUGAGACAGCGUUAGAAGACUCACACUUACUUAUACAAACAAAUUUGUAAACAUUUGAAUGUGCCUUGUUCAUCUGGAUUACUGAAUGGCAUUUAAGAGACAGAAAUAGUUUUAAUUUUAGAACAAAUUGGGUUGUAGGAUAUCGAACCACUUCAAUUAUUGUUGGCAUAAUGUAAAUUUAAAUCAAUCAUACUGAAAAGUAUGUAGAAGAACUUAAAACUAAACAAAUCAAUGGCUCAUGACAAUUAUAAAAAUGAAUUGCUAGAGAUUUUGAGAGUGAUUACCAAGUUAUUCACCAAGAGUUUGGAUGUGAUAACAUUUGUAAUUCGAGACAUAAGGAUGAGCAGUGAGCAUAUGCAAAUAAUUUCUUAGGGCAUAGCAGUAGUAUAGUCAUUAAAGGAGCUACGGAUUAUAUAGUGUCUGAUGACCUCAAAUCAUUUCAGUAUACUGUAACCAUCUCUAAUUUAGAAUUCAUCUCUUCAAGUUAUAGAUUUUUCUCAUAAUUAUCUUACACAUCAAAUUGGAGUAAUGUUGGGCUAAUUGCUACAAGAACAUAGUAAGAGGAGAGACAGUGUCGAUUACUUGUAUAGAACGAAGGGUGAGUGUCCUGAAGAAGACAUAUCUAAGAUUGGAAUAGGAGAAUUGGAUUUAUCAUACAAUAAAUUGAAUGAUCAAUUUGUUAAGGAUGUGGUGCCUUAUUUGGAAAGAGACAGAUGGAUUAAAUCAAUAAAUUUGAAAUACAAUGCUAUUUAAAAAGAGGGAUUCGAACUCCUAAUACAAUUACUAGACAAAAAUACUACUAUCAUUGGUUUAGAUACUCGAAGAAAUCUAGGAACUACCCAGAUAAUUCCAGAAGGAGAUUCUCAGAAAACUAAUUAGAAACAAAAACACUAAGAAUGA